AUGAUAAGAAAUUCAUUAAAACCGAUUAGUUGUAAUUCAAGUUUAUUUUUUCAUAAAGUUUAUGGAAGUCUUAAUAAAGUAGAAUAUUACAAUAUUUCAAAAUGUAAAUUAAAUACUAGUCAUUUUAAUUUGAAUCAAGAAAAAUCAAAAGAAGAACAAUUCAUUGAAUUUGUUAAAAAAAAUUAUAAAAACGUCAAUGUUUAUAAAGAUGGUAUUAGAAUAGCAAGAGAAGAAAUAAAAGUACUUAAGGAAGAAAUGAUAGAUUCAUUUAUAUUAAACCGAAGAAAUGCAGAGAGUCCAAUUGAAAGAGAUGGAGUCAUCGAUAUGUUAUUUAAAUUUGAAUGUGAAGAGGAUUUAGAUUAUUUUACUGUAACAACAGACAGUUCAAACAAUAGAGGAUAUAGUUCAGCUUCAUUAAAAAUAACCGAAGAAGGAACAGCUUUGUUUUCCGGUAACAUUUCGACUGAAGUUCCCAAGGAUGGAAAUGUUAAAUACACUGGUUAUGCCAACAUAAUGAGUGGUAGAAAAUUGAAAUCAUUUUAUAGGGAAAGUUAUUAUAAUUGGACAGCUUACACACAUUUAGUAUUAAAAGUAAGAGGUGAUGGACGAACAUAUACAAUACUUCUUCCAUCUCCUGGAAAAUUCGAGAGUGAAUACGAAGACAAAUACUUUCAUCCGCUUUAUACAAGAGGAGGGCCAUAUUGGCAAGUUACAAGGAUUCCGUUUAGACACUUUUUAUUUUCUAAGGACAAUUACCUCGAUGGUAAUAAUAAAGGCACAAUGAAUUUAGAUAAAAUUGCUAAAUUCGGAAUAACUCUUGACGAUGCCAAUUCAGGACCAUUUAAAUUAGAAAUCGAUUAUGUCGGAUUACAGUUUAGUUUCUAUUACAGAAGAGAAUCCCCAUAUGAAAUGUAUUACCUUCAACCAUACAGCAGCUUCGCAUAA